GCUGAAAAAAUCUAAAGAUAAAAAUCUUUAACAAAAUGGCUGACAAAAACACUUAUGCUGAACUUUCAGAUGGCACCAAGAUGCCACUGAUGGGCUACGGUACUUUCUUAAGCACUGAAGAGGACAAACUUAUUGAGAAUAUUGUCCAUGCAGUCGUUGAUGUUGGAUACAGACAUAUUGACACUGCUUCCCUCUAUAUGAACGAAGAAAUCAUCGGCAAAGCUCUAGCCCAGUGCUUCGAGAAGGGAAUCAAUAGAGAAGACCUCUUCAUUACCACCAAAGUCUGGAGAACUGAUUUCGGAGAUGUCGAAGGAUCGAUUAAAGGAUCUCUUGAAAAACUAGGACUUGAGUAUGUAGAUCUUCUUUUGAUUCAUUGGACUGUGACAGAUGUAGACUGGGAGACAUACGAAAUCAAAGGUCCAUCAAUGUAUGAGACAUGGAAGCAGUUCGAGAAAGUCAAGGAAGACGGACUCACUAAAAGCAUUGGUGUAUCCAACGCUAACAACAUGAUCUUUGUAGAUAUUUGUGCAGGAGCUACACACAGACCAGUAGUUAACCAGAUUGAAACAAAUCCUUUCUUUGCUCAGCAGAAAGUCGUUGACUUCCAAGGUAAAUUUGGAACAAAGAUUACUGCUUACGCUCCAAUUGGUGCUGCAGGAUUUACUGCUAGUGAUCUGCUCAAAGAUGAGACCUUAGCAGAGAUUGCUACAAAGCAUAACGCUACUGUAGCCCAGGUUGCAUUAGCUUGGAACAUGAAAAGAGGUGUCAUCGUCAUUCCCAAAUCCAUGACCAAAGAAAGAAUCCAAGAGAACUUUGAUGCAUUAAAUGUUGACUUAGAUGAAGAAGACAUGGAGAAGAUCAAUGCUUUAGAUAAGAAUCAGAGAUGCUUUAACCCAGAAGACUGGGACUACCCACAAUACGGAUGGCAAAAGAAUCCGGUUUGGGAUUAAUUAAUGCAACGUAGCACCUUCUAUCCAAUUUCUACCUAUAUUUCU